AUGGCUACUCGGAAGAGAAUUUUGGCUACAUCAUUUCCUAAAAAACUCCAAUUAGCGCACUCGAGGAAGCUGGCAUCGCCGCAUUUUUUCAAAGCUGUCAUUCGGCCACUGGUUGAAGGCAUGAAAAUCCCAGUUGUGUUUAUGCGAAGGUACGGAGAUAGCUUGCAGAAAGUUGUAGUCUUGGAAGUUCCAAACGGAGCUAAAUGGCGAGUUGCAGUCCGCAAAGUCGAUGGAGAAACCUGGUUAAGGGAAGGCCUACAAGAAUUCGGAGAAUUCUAUUCCAUUAAGGAAGGACAUGUUUUGGUGUUCAGAUACAAAGGCAACUCAAGAUUCAAAAUCCUUAUCUGUGACACUACCACCUCUGAAAUUGACUACCCUGUCAAAUCCGGCCACAAGGAAGCCAUAAAUGGCCAGAAUAUUAGUAUCAAAAGGGAAACUGUCAAGCCAAAUCAUGGUCGCCGAUCAAGGCAGGGGAGGGUCACCGGCGGCAAUGGGAGGGACGAAGGAAUUACAUCGUCUAAAGCCCCUCAUCAAUCUUCCAAGGCCACAAGAAAUCUGGUGAUGAAGAAAAAAGACGUAACAGAGGAAAACAGAGCUCGUGAAUCUAACCCUGAAAAUCCAAGCUUUUCGUUCACGGUUCAAUCUUCUCAACUUAACCGUCCACACCGUGUUUAUGUUCCAAUUGAGUUUGCAAAAACCAACUUUGGGGAAGAAAACUGUAGGAUGAGUUUGGAGAUUCGGAGUGGAAAGAAGUCGUGGCCAGUUCGGUUUUCGAUUUAUGGAAGGCGUGCUCAGGUCUAUGGUAGUGGUUGGAUUCGUUUUGCAGAGGAAAAUCAGCUGAAGCUGGGAGAUGUCUUUAGCUUGGAAUUGAUCAAGGAGAAGAAGGUCUUCAAUGUCUACAGAAGAGGAAACAGUACUAGAGCUUCACAAGUCUUAUCAUACUACUUCAUUCUGGUUUUUAAGUAUUCUGACUAUUUACCCGGGAUUCAUGCCUUUGUUACUAGGAAUAUGGCAACAAAAUCAACUAGGAACAGCGAGAAAAACGGACAGCUUCAGUCAAAUAAAUUGGAGUCGCCCCAUUUUUACAUUAUUGUCUUUAACCCUCUGGAUCAAGGGCUGAAACUUCCAAAGGCGUUUAUGCAGAGGUAUGGAGAUAGCCUGAAGAAAGUCGUGACCUUGAAAGCUUCAGCCGGAACUCAGUGGGAAGUUCCAGUUCAACAGAGUAAUUCCGGGACUUGGUUAUCAGGGAAAGGGUUGAAAGAGUUUGGUGAGUUCUUUUCUAUUCAGAAAGAGCAUUUUCUGUUGUUCCAAUACAAAGGUAACUCCCGAUUCCAUGUCGUAAUCUUCGACAACACCGCUUCGGAAAUCGACUAUCCUAAGAACAAGCAAAGAGUUGCCAAUGGAAGCCAAAGAGGAACUUCAUCAAAAGCCCCUCAUUCUCAUCAAGAUUCCAAGGCUCGCUCAACUAAGUUGAACAAACAAAAAGUGGCCUUCAAAUCUCAAUAUCCAUCCUUUGUAUGCACGGUGACAAAGUCCACCAUAUCUAAUCCAAACAUAGUUCAUCUUCCGAUUAGUUUCGUGAGGGAAAACUUCAACAAAAGGAACUUCAGGAAGAAAUUUAAGGUUCGUCUACCUGAGACUGGAAAGACAUGGCCAGUGUUGCUUGAUGUCGCUGGAACUGGAGGAAGGUUUUCCAAGAUAUUUGGUCUCCCUGGUUUCAGACGAUUCGUCAGGGAGAAUAAGUUAGAGCUGGGAGAGAAAUGCGCCUUUGAAAUGAAAAUUCCCAAAUCGUUUAUGCAGAGGUACGGAGAUAGCUUGCAGAAAUUUGCAUCCUUGAAAGCUCCAACCGGAUCUAAAUGGAUAGUUUCACUUUGCAACAUGGAUGGGGGGACUUGGUUGUCAGGGAAAGGGUUGAAAGAAUUUGGAGAAUCUUUUUCUAUACAGAAACAAGAUUUACUGUUGUUCCAAUACAAAGGUAACUCUAGAUUCAACGUCUUCAUCUUUGACAACUCCGCUUCGGAAAUUGAUUACCCUGUUAACGAUCAGAGGGUAGACAAGGAUGGAAGCUAUGCAAAAGCCCCUCCUCCUCUGUUGAAGAAAGGAAAGAUUCCGAAUGAUGAAAGAGCCUUUGAAUCUGCAUUUCCAUCCUUUCUUAUCACAUUGAAAAAGACUAGCAUAAGUCAUCCGUACGUAGUUCAUCUCCCGGUUUCCUUUGUGAGGGACAACUUCGUUGCUGGAGACUCCCGGAAGAAAUUUAAAGUUUGUGUACCUGAGACGGGAAAGAAAUGGCCUGUGAUUCUCGAUAUCACUGGAAUUGGUGGAAGGUUCUCCAAGAUAUAUGGUCAGCCUGGUUGGAGAGAUUUUGUGAAUGACAAUGGACUGAAGCUGGGAGAGACUUGUGUCUUUGAAAUGGUGAAGAAGAAAAAGAUCUUCAACUUCUACAGAAUACGUUGAAAAAAGAUUCCUCUGUUUUCUCCUCUGCUAUGUUUUGAUCAGUCUAGAAGUUGAUCAAGUGACUAGUCUCAUCUUUUGAC